AUGCUUGCUAAUACAUCCGCCUUUUUAAUCCGAAUUAGCGAUAAGCCAAAUGCCACAUGUCCAAAGGCUAUCAUUCUCAAUAAAACAGAAACAACAAUUGGAAGAAGAGGAGAUGUGAAAAUGGAUACAACGAAAAAGAAAGAAGUUUCUAAGCUCCAUGCAUGCAUUCAUCGUCAUAUAAAAUACUUUGAUUGUUAUUUUACAAUAGAUGACUUGCAUUCUGUUAAUGGCACAUUUAUCAAUGGUCAGAAAAUUAUCAGAGAUGAAUUAUUCCAUAAGGAUGAAGUUGUCUUUGCAGGAGGAAAUCAAUAUUUAGUUGGUGACUUCCUACAAAAUAGGCAAGACCUAGAAUGUGUUUACCGAUUCAUAUUGCCUGAGAUUGAAGUCGAUUUCUCAAAAUGCAAAGAUUUCAAUGACGAAUUUUCAACAGAUACCGAGAACGAGGAAUGCUGCGUCUGUUUCUCACAUUCACACAAAUUGAUUCAGUUGAUAUGUGGUCAUUAUGUGUGUGUAUCAUGCUUGUCCAAGUGGUCAAUGAGCUGUUUUGAACGUUUACACACUUUUCGAUGCCCAUAUUGCCGCCAUAAAUUACCUAAAAUGGACUUUGGCAAAGAUUCAGCCGAGAUGGUUAAUGGAAUUCAAAUAGUUUACAGCAUUGAACCAUUGUUGAAGACAUUAAAUGUUGCCAGAUCCGAUGAAGUUGUGAAGCUUUCAAUUCGAAAGAGAUGGACGUUGCAAAACCGUGAAUCAUUCUGGUCAUUCAAUCAGAAAGUAUCAGAUUCACACAAUCUUCGUUUUUCAUUCCAUUGGCUGACAGAAUGCACUUUACAGCAAGUUCUCUUAUUCAAUGAGGAAGAACUGAAGAAUGUUAUCUGCAAUCUCGAAGGAAACAUUAAGAAUACUCACGGAAAACUACUUGAAGAAGCAGUUUAUUUGAUUGCCACAAAAAUUAUGAAUUUGGACAAAUAA